AAGGUUUAUUGAAGUUUUGGAAAAAGACGAAAAAUUUCCUGCCUCAAUUAAUCAAAUUAUGGGACUGAUGGCGAGAGAGAUAUUUUGGAGGAUUGAGCCGACGAACGAAUUGAGACGUGAACUGGCAGGUGCCGGCGUGUCACACCCCAGUCCACGUGUGUUGGCAAUGGAUGUCGGCGAAAAUUCGGUCCAUUGGAUUGGAUCUAUGGGCAUGGAUGGCUGACCGGGACCGGCGAUUUGCAGUGGCAGAAACAAAAGUUAUUUUUAAUCAAAUCUAUCUCGUUAAAGUAAACCUUACAAGUAAAAUCAUCAUAGAUUUUCUCAUAAGCUAAUUUCUCCCCAUCAUCCAUUACCAUCCCGAACUUCCAGCGUGCCCCGGACUCGCCAUCCGACCUCCCCCCCCCCCCCCCCCCCCCCCCGUCCGCUUGCGCUUGCGCCUCCCUCUGCCUUCGCGCAUGCCGGCCAGAGCCCGCGCUCCUGACCGCGCCGCCGCACGCAUCCUCGAGCCUCCUUCCGCUUGUCGUCUCUGGCGCUCUCUCUGCUGCUGGACCGGGGUGCGCCGAUCCGUCCGGGCUUCCGAUUGUUCAUCCGCUGUGUUAGUGGAAUUGAACUAUUUUUGAGGCUGCAGAAAGAGCUGCUUGUUGUGUAAUCCACAUCUUGACGCCUGUACCGGUGCGAUAAGGAAUUGUAUCAUUUUGAUAUUAUUGCAAGAUGGGCGAUGGGGUGGCUUUUGAGGCUGCGAGGAAGAUUAUCAUGCACCCGCUUUAUACGCCAAGGUCUUCUCCGUGGCUUGACUUGAAGGUGUUCUAUGUUAGGGUAAGCAACUGUGUGGUGGAUGAGUCUACACCGGACCAUCUCACGCUGAACCACAUCCCUCUGUCACCUGAUACAGUUAUCGAGGUGAAUGGCCAGCGGAGCAGCUUGCAUACUGAGUUCAUAUCCUCCUCACUGAGGAGGGACAGGGUUGACAAAAAGACAGAGGAAGCUACAUUUGUCAGCACAGAUAAUAUACGGAUGACAGGGAGUGCGAGGUUCCAAGUGUUUGAUAAGAAUGAUCUCUUGCUCACAGGAGACCUAGAUUUAUGCAAUGCCAAUGGAGUCGUUGGGGAAUCGAAGAACAGCAGCAAGAAAUGGAAUAUGAAGUGUCAGUCAUCCACAUCAUGCAAUGGCUUCUUGAAGGGAAAGCUGUCCAAUGGCUCGGAAUAUGUACAACCUAUGAUCGAGGUUUAUGUCGCUGGGACCUCCUCUGGCACACCUAUCAUAUUAACAAAGACAAUUCAGCUUAUAUCACGAAGGAAGUCUGAAAUGAAACUAAAGCUUGAUUCCAUCCCUGAGAAUGAAACAACUGAACAGCAGAAAGAAGAGUCAGCUGAGGACACUUUGAAGGUAUCAGAGUUCCAGGAUUCCAAAUCUGAGACGGAUGUUGAUGUUGACUAUAACAGUUUGUACUCAAGGCAGGACUUUCUAGAAGGCGAGGACGGUGAGCUUUCAUGGUUUAAUGCUGGUGUCCGUGUUGGAGUUGGAAUCGGUCUGGGCGUGUGUGUGGGUAUCGGAUUAGGCGUCGGCCUGCUGGUUCGUACAUACCAAAGCACCAGUAGGAACUUCAGGCGGCGGCUGCCCUGAUCAACAAUGGCCCCCAUGGAAUGUAGAUGUGUGUCUACCUUGGUCUUGUAGGAUUCUAACUGUCCACCUUUCCUGUCCAUGCUAUAGUCGCAGACGAGAGUGGUUUUUUUGUUCUUCCCUUUAUACAGUCACACUUGAGUAUCUGGUGCUUUCUUGUUUGCAAAUGCCAAUCAUUUUUGACCCCUACGGUGUAAAUAUGAGUCUGGGUAAAAUAAGAUUGGACGAUGUGGUCUGGAAUUAACUGUGUUGAAGGAACUUAAGUGACCGACUAUUGUUGUGUGGUGUGAGGUUGAUGCUGCACCUUCAAAUUUGUUGAAAGUAUGUAUAAUCUUUUUUGGAUCA